AUGCGUGAAAAGAUGAAGUUAACUGUAUCAUUCUGGGUAGUAUUAUACCAUCUGGUGUUGUGUGCAACACUACAAAGCUGUUCUUCAGCUUCCAAUCCACCUCAGAGGAUCAAGAAACAAUCCAAAUCAACGGCCACCGAGGAUCGAUUUGGAUCCUCUGUGGUCUUCCCUGUCAGUGAGAAUGUCUAUCCCAAAGGGUAUAUGUCAUUUUAUUUGUGGGUUUUCUUUAGAUUUGGUAGAUGUGAUCUUGAUGGGUUUUCUCUUAUCUGUGGGUAUAUGUCAUUUUAUUUGUAUUGUUUUGGUGUUUGA